GUUACCUUGACAGAAUAUAAACAAUCGAAACGAAAAUAAAAAGUGGUGUUCAUGCAGCCAGAGACGAGAGUUAGAUAGUGAAAAUAGUUUGUAGUUUGGGUUUCCAAAUUGCCCUCGUCCUGCGGGGAAUAUCAUUCCCGUUUGGCAGCUGCACGGCAUCGAAUCUGUAAGAAUGGACAUCAACAGAAACAAUGCGUUUUUCGAAAAGUUGAAACAAAACGUUACGGAUUCUUUCGAUCGAUUGCGCAAAGCGAUUGAUCUGCGAGAGAAGCUGCUGCUGAGACAGCUGACCGUAGUGGUGCAGCAGGCGCAGCACAUCACGUUCGAGUACGAUAGCAUCCGCUUUCUGGGGGACGGUGAGGAUGAACUGGUCGGAUGCAUCCGCACGUACGGCAGGUACAAUAUCGACAAUUUUAACGUAAUCCUCCAGAAGGAACCGUACGAGAACGAGGACUACAUUCUGCCUUCGAACGAUCACGAUCUGAUGCAUAAAAGCUGCCGCCAGGGUGCGGAUGACGAGCGCAAUCCCGAGAGCGAGGAGAUUGUGGUGGAGUUCUUCAACAAUCGCAGUCUCAUCAAGGACAGUGCCGAGAUGGUACGCGAAUCAAUUAUAAAUCUCACGUUGAGCGAGAGUCGUGAGCUGAUCGACCGAACGAUUGGCAUGCCGAAAGCGUUCCUGGAUGUAGCUACCGCCGACGAACCGACAAACGAUGGCCUAGAAUCAUUGCGUGUGUGUAAAAUCGACCCAACAGCGCACCGAUUGUACAGGGGUCGUUGCUCCAUACCGGAUCUGCCGCCGCUCGAUUCGCUUUCCUUUCAAGGUGAACAGCAGCAGGACGAUGGUAGUAACAACAACCUGCAGGGAAGCGUAUCCAACGGCAACGCCAAACAUGGUCGCAAUGUGUCGCGUGAUGGGGAAAAGUUGAUUUCACUUUCGCUGCCGCCUCAGCGCAUGAUACCGAAAGCCUCACAAACGGAUGGACUGAUUGUACCCAGCAAUACCACCACCAGCACCGAUUCCGAAGGAAACGUGCACGAAUCGUCUGCCGCCUGCAAAGCGGCGGUGGACAAGCGUAUGAAAAACGUAAAUCACGUUACGAUGAACAGUUGUGGCAGUACGAUAAACCUUAAAAACGUCACCAAUCUGACGAUCAACUCCUGUUCGGAGCGACCCCAAAUGAGGGAAAAGGAACACGCGGUACCGAAGACUUCGGGCGUGGAUCAGGGACCUUCCGAGGAAGGCAGUCCGGAGUGUGGCUUCUACAAGCGGCUCAUAACGGAGAACAAAAUCCUACGCAACCAUAUACUAAAGACGAAGCUGGGCGGUGGGACGGGAUGCGGAGGCGUAAAAUCACAGCCUGCCGUGAUGAGUUCGUCCGUCUCGGACCGCUCACUAUCAUCUGCGACCAAUGAAACGCUUUCCAACUCGAAACAACCGUCCAACGAAACGGACGACGUCUCGAAUAGCAGCAGCAGCAGCAGCAGCAGCAUCGUCGCCCCGAGUGGCCCAGCCGAGCCGGAAACGAACCUCAACAUUCCACUGUCAGAGCAGGAACUACGGCAGAUGCUGGACAUGCCUUCCUCGAUGUGCGAGAAGAGCCUUUCGUUUGUGUUGGGCGAGCUGUACGGCAUGCCAAGCGGGUUGGCCACACUAGCGAAUGCCGGGGCGGGCAAAACGAAGGAACACACGAUGCAGAUUCAGCAAUGGCUGAAACAAAUAAUCUCCGAAGCCGAAACGGAACCGUUUCAAAAUGCGGAAAUGCUAGAGUUUAGCAAAAUUCACGACUAGGAUUAUUAGGAAGAGUAGGAAUGUUUCGUGAAAAUUUUCCUGUCGGUAAAUGUUCCAUACAAG